UGCCACGAGCUUCCAUGAAGACACCGCACCACGACGACCAUGAAGACUGAUUGCCUGCCAAUAAUUGCCAAGUUCUGCGCGCUGCUGACGCUGUUCGGGCCCGGCAUCGAUGUUCGAGCACUCGAUAUACGAGCGUGCAAUCAAUCCUUGGGGAUGGAGUCCGGCGACAUACCGGAUUCAGCCAUUACGGCGUCCUCGUCGUAUGUGACGAACGUUGGUCCACGAAAUGGCCGGCUGCGGAAGGAGACAGCAGGUGGUGCCUGGUGCCCGAAGAACCAAAUAGAAAGAGGGAUUCGUGAGUGGCUGCAAGUGGAUCUCCCUGGACCUCACGUGAUUACUGGUGUACAGAGUCAGGGUCGUUACGAUCGCGGCCGUGGCCAGGAAUACGUCGAGGAGUAUACCCUCGAGUAUCGACGUCCUGGCUUCACCGACUGGCAGCGAUAUAAGCGCUGGGAUAAGAAAGAGGUGCUCGCGGGGAACAGCGACACGUCGACCGUGGUAUCGCAUCGAUUGAUACCACCGAUCUUCGCCAACCAGAUUCGUAUUUUGCCGCAUUCCGAGCACCGGCGCACCGUUUGCCUUCGAAUCGAACUGAGAGGCUGUCAGGACACCGGUGGCGUGGUGAGCUACACGAUACCGGAAUCCCCGACGGUGGAGCUGAGCGACAUCUCGUACGACGGUAAAAGGCAGGACAACUUGUUAACCGAUGGUCUAGGCCGGCUGGUCGAUGGAGAGGUCGGCGCUGAUAAUUAUAGGUUGGACAUGGGAGAUGGAAGAGGCACUGGAUGGGUCGCGUGGAUGCGCGACACCUUCGUCGACGAUUACGUGGAGCUGGUGUUCGAGUUCGAGGUAGCCUGGAUCUUCGAGGCGGUGCACAUCUACACCAAUAAUUAUUUCUCCCGCGACGUGCAGGUAUUCUCGAAAGCAGACGUCUGGUUCAGCGUUGAUGGCGCCACCUACGAGGAGGAACCACUGUCUUACUCCUACAUACCGGAUAUCGUACUGGAGAACGCGAGAAACGUGUCCAUCGGGCUUCACGAACGCCACGGACGAUUCGUCAAGAUGCAUUUGUAUUUCGCUGGCCGAUGGAUCAUGAUCAGCGAAGUGACGUUCGAUGGAACGAAUCCCUAUGAAAAUACCACCGAAGAGUCAGCAUCCGAGUUCAGUAACCGGGAAAUUCCAAUGAACCCCGAGGUGGAUCUUAACUUGCAAACAAUUACAGCAGCGGGAGAGGGUCAGGAAUAUUUAGAGGUACUAAUAGGUGUUCUGACUGCCAUUAUCCUACUUCUUCUGCUGGUGUUCGUCAUUGUUCUACUUCUGAAUCGACGGCAAAAACUUCAGAGCUCGCCGACUGUUCUAAAAAAUCCAUUUGGAUUCGCCAUAAACAUGAAGGGACUUCUACUAAAUUUAACUCCCGGUGGAAUGCUGACAGAGACUGCCAAUCACGUAUCGCCGGACAUGCCAGAGGACGGAAGUAUGCACGAGUCUUUGACAAUGGAACAAUUCAAUUCACCCCUUGUCAGUCCACAGUAUAAAUCUACGUACGCGAUAGUAGCCACUUCCGAAUCCCCGAAAGACCUGAAGGACGUGAACGUCUCGGAGGAGAGCGUUCGACUCGAUACGAGACCUGAAUCGACCAUAGGACCGGCGAGUUGUUCCUCGUCACCGACAAACUCUCCUGCACGACAUUCUCAACACUAUAGGACCCUCCAAAGUUACACCAGUCCAACUGCAAAACUCAAUAUCGCGGCCACGUCUAAUCACCAGCGGGACGUCGAUCAGAUCCACUCGAAACGCUGGCACACAGCGCCUAAAGAGAAACACAAGAUACCCGCACCUGUUGUCAGCUGGAACAUCGCACCCAGCAUGAACAAACCGUACAAGUGCAAGGAGAUAGAGCCCACCAACAUACCGCGACAGUGCCUACGUACCACGGAGAAACUUGGCUCGAGGAACAUUGGCGAGGCGAUAGUGUGCGAAGCGGUGGGAUUAGAGGACGUGGUGGCUGAUGCUCCGAGAUUGGUGGUGGCUCGCGUUCCCACUUGCGCCGGCGACAUUCGAGCCGGUAGUACGACGGACCAAAUAAGAGAAGUCCGAUUUCUGUCCAGCCUGUCCGAUCCGAACGUGGCUCGGAUCCUGGGAGUGUGCACCGUGGAACCAGUCCCGUGGACGAUCAUCGAGUACACGGAACUCGGUGAUCUCGCCCAUUAUCUUCAGUACAGUGUGCCACUUACGGGAACGCUUAGGCCAAGCUGCAAUUUGAAAGCCCUUAGUCAAAGCUGCCUGAUGUACAUGGGGGCGCAGAUAGCAUCGGGCAUGAGGUUCCUCGAGUCGAAGAAUCUGGUGCACAAAGACCUGGCAGCCAGAAACUGUCUAGUGGGCCGCUCUUACACCGUGAAAGUGACCGACAUAGCGAUGUGCAGUGACCUUUACAAGAAGGAUUACAGUGACAUAGGCGGCAGACCGCCGGCGCCAAUCAGAUGGCUGCCGUGGGAAAGCAUUCUGCUGGACAGGUACACUUGCUCGAGCAGCGUCUGGUCGUUCGCUGUCACUCUGUGGGAAGUGAUGAGCCUAGCCAGAGAGAAACCGUUUCAACAUUUAACCAACGAUCAGGUGAUACAGAACGCCGAGCACAUGUACUACGGAGCCGAGUUACAGAUAUAUCUUCCGAAGCCAACGAUGUGCCCGGAGGAAGUCUACAAGAUGAUGUGCUCGUGCUGGCGGAGGGACGAGACUUCGAGACCGACGUUCAAAGACAUUUACACGUUCCUGAAAAAUAUAAUCGCGGACUAUCGACCUGGUGCAUAAAACGAUCCCAGUUAACUGUGAUACAUAAAAACAAGCGAUGAAUGUCCCCUUUAGAACCGAUUAAAAAAAAAAAAAAAAGAAAAGAAAGAAAAGAAAGAAAACAAAUCCCAACGUCGGGACUCGACGGAAGUGUACAAUCGUUAGUUUUAGUGCAUGCCGUGGAGAACGAGCCGCGUUGAGUCUCGAGAUUUUUCUCGAUCGUAGAGACGAUCGGAAAGGAGAGAGAUGAUCGCGAUGCACUCCUAAUCUCCGAAACCGAAGCAAGACGAAAAAGUUCUUCUGUUCUCAAGCACUCAAUCACCGACUGCGUCGAUCGGGCAAAAAUACCACUGAAAAUAUAUAUAUGUAUAUGAAAAUGGAAGAAGAUCCAGCUGGUAUUUCGGCGAAUUUUUGCCCGGUCGUUCGACAAAGAUGUCGCCUCAAUAUUUUCUAGUCAGCUCGGUCCUUCAAUUCCUACGAAAGUGCUAUAUAUCGUGUACAGUAUUCUGAACACUAAGGGCGCGUAUAUCGCGAUGCUAAGCACCGAUAAGUCUAUCCACUUGUACAUAUGAAACUAGAUACUGAUGCUAGAGGUAAACGCUGGGAAUUAUCACGACUGCUGGUGCCUUCGAAUGAUAUAUUCAAUCUUGCUCCUUCGAACAGAGAAACUACGAUGCACGCAGAUUAAUUACGUUGAUGUUGACACAUUGUAUACAAGUGUUGAAAUUUCCUCAACUUGAAUAUAUCGAGACGUUUUGUCAGUAAAUAUGAUAUCGUCAUCAUAUAUCGAUGAAUCAUGUCAUCUUCACAAUGUGAAUAUACUUCGAGACAUUUUCAAUGAAAGUAAAAUCUUGCGCAUGGAUUUGUUUGAUCCUAGUAUGGAUUCUCAUCAUCGUAUCGUCGUCACAAUUUGAAUACAAUUUGGAAACAUUUGGAAUGAAGGUGCAAAUCUUGUAGAUUUAUUUAAUCUUAGGGUGGAUUCUCGUCGUCGUAUCAUCGUGACAAUUUGGAUACUCUGAGGUAUUUGCAAUAAAAGUACAACUAUUUGUGCAUUGACAAUUCUUCUGUGAUCAUCAUUACAAUCUUUUCGCUUCUCUAUGUUUUUUAAUCAUUAGAAAAUAAAAAUAUUAUUAGAAAUCUUCAUUCUCCAAAUAUAUGUUUACAACAUACAAAUUGUUGUAAUUCACACAAAAUUUUCCAACACUUAAGCUUCGAAUUCGCUCACACAUAUUUUAAUUGCCUACAUGAAAGUGAAAAAUUAAUUUUUCCUUUCACUUUUCGCAUAUUGAGACAAAUACUCUGUCAACGAUACUAUCAUACUGUUUUUAAAUAUUUAUUAAAACAGACGUACAUUGUAUUAUACAACAAUUAACUUAUUUAUCUCUCGUACACAAUGUGUUAACAAUUUAUACGAGCAACAAGCGCGAUGGAGUGUAAAUCGUUCGGAAAUCGUGGUCAUAUAACGAUUCUAAUAUAAACCUCCGAUUCUAUGUUCAUAUCACGGUAAUAGAAAUUCUCGUACUUCUCGAAGCGACACGUCGAUCCCACCAGCAACGCGAAAGUACCCGCUUAUACUUGUACAUUCGAAAGCCCGUCGUACGUAGCAAAGUACUUAUAUCGUUCCAUUGUAUUCCUUUCCGUUCGAAUGAGAGACCUCACAUCUUUAGCGGGCGUAGAUUCGAAAAAAAAAAGAAAGAAAAGAAAAGCCCGACUAAACUCUGUUCUUCGCGAGAACCUAAACGCAUAAUCAUCACGCUCCUUCCUUUGAUUUAUCAUUAAGAGCAGAGAGGACAAACAACGAGAGAGAGAGAGAGAGAGAGAGAAGGAGAGAGAGAAUGAAAAGAGGCAUGAACAAUCGUUGUAACCGCUCCCAGAGGAAUCGAUCACGCGAUUCUCUGAGCUCUCUGUGUCGCCUCGAACUUCGAGAAACCGCGAACAGAACGUUCGAACGCGAUGAAUGCUACCAAUGGUAACAACUGUCGAUGGUAACACGCACUGGACGAUGAUUUUUCAUGUUGUGACGAUGAUAAUGACGCGGUAAGUGUUGCGAUAUGUUGGCCAUCGCGGGAGAACUGUUGGUAAAGUGCCAAACGGAGUGAAGCGUUCGAACGUUCCCCUCUGCACGCACCUUUCUGUAAUUGUUAAGAUGGAUUCAAGUAUACGUUGAAAUGAUUAACAAUAAAGUACUGAGUGUUCCUUUCUGACUGCA